GUCGCUCCGACUCGGGAACCAGAGCAUCAGCGGAGAUAGCUGCCAGUCUUUUGCCUCAGCAGGCUAACUCGCUUUCAGCUUUGGUUCAGAAUGGAAACUUCUACGAUCUCACGGAGCCGGCGGUGCUCCAUUGCGCACAAUUUUAAGAGUGGUCUCUCACUGUGGCUGGUCAUCUGGUUGGUUGUGGUGAAACCUGCUCCCGCUCAGGGCUGCCCACACCACUGUGUGUGUUACCCGUCCCCCAUGACGAUCAGCUGCCAGGCACAGAAUCUGACCAUUGUACCAACUGGAGUGCCCGAUGAGUCCCAGCGUGUCUUUCUGCAGAACAACCGCAUUACUGAACUGAGAGUGGGCACUUUCGGCUUUGGAACUCAGGUCCUCUGGCUUUUCUCCAACAACAUCACCUGGAUUGAGUCUGGUGCCUUCAGCGAGAUGCGUGACCUGGAAGAGCUUGACCUGGGUGACAACCAUCACCUGCGCCGUCUGGAAGGGGGCGCCUUCCGAGGCCUGGAGAAGCUGCAGAGCCUGCACAUGCACCGCUGCAGGCUGGCGGCUCUGCCCCACGACAUCUUUCACAAGCUGUACAGCCUGCAGUUCCUCUACCUGCAGGAGAACCAGCUGCACUUCCUGCAGGACGACCUGUUCUCCGACCUCAUCAACCUGAGCCAGCUCUUCCUCCACGGCAACCGCAUCCGCACCCUGUCCGAGAACGUGUUCCGGGGCCUGGUCAACCUGGACCGGCUGCUGAUUCACGACAACCGCGUCCGGCAGGUCAACCGCCGCGCCUUCCGUGACCUGGGCCGCCUCACCAUGCUCUUCCUCUUCAACAACUCCCUGGCAGAGCUGCCCGGUCAGGCAAUGCGUGACAUGGACUCCAUCCAGUUCCUUCGGCUCAAUGGCAACCCUUGGUCCUGUGGCUGCGAGGCUCAGGCUCUGUGGGACUUCUUCCGCGCCAACCGCAUCUCCAGCUCCGAGCUCAUCUGCGCCUCUCCUUCCCCCCGCCGCGGCCUGGACAUGCGUUUCCUGCGAGAGAUGGACUUCGCCCUCUGCCCGCUGCCCGACCCCGGCUCGCUGGCUGGUAGCACCACCACCACCUUCAGCACCAAGACCCGCUGGUGGUUCUCCAAGCACAAGCCUGUGUCCUCCUCCAAGGGCAUCUUCGAGAAGAGUUCCGAGACCGUCAAGGCGUUCCCCUUCAAUGGGGGCAAGCCCACGUCGACCAAAUACGAGUUGAGCGAGGAUGAGGCCCUCCUCCCCAAGCUGGACCCUGAGGAGUACUGGGCCAACUACGGUAACGAAGACGCCGGUGCCACGCUGCGCUGUUUCGAGCUCGAGUGUGCGCCCGACUUCGAUGUCUUGCCACCCUUCUCCUCGGCAUCCUUCUCCUCUGUCACCUCUCGUUCAUCCCUCCUGCUGCUCUCCCUGUCUCUACUCACUGUUUCCAUCCAUCUUCUUUUUGGCUGAGUCCAUUUCCCCCGACGUGAACACUCCUCCUUGUCCCUUACAGGGACUCCUGUUUACACCCUCUCUCUUCUAAUCACCCUCUCUCUUCUCAACAUCUUCUGCCAGACUGUUGUAUCUCUGUUCUGUUCAGUUUGAGCCUCUAGGCCUCCAGGGCUCUAGGGGGCACUACACUGAUAGAGGAUACGUCUGGGGAAGGAGGGGGUUUGGGGUGGAUACCCUUGCAGAUUGUGCCAUUGCAUAGCUGCAAGGGGAAAUGUAUCGAUUCAUAAUCUCAGCCAGUACUGUUAGUGAGAGUACUGUGUUUACUUUUACCUGGUGACGUGUUUAUCUGCAACCAGUAUGUCACCACAGUCAGUGCAGGUUAUGGUUUCCUUCAUGUACAGCAUUUCUAUCUUCAGCUAUUUGUGCUAGUAGAUAACCGUGAUUGUGCUGUUGCUGCUACUAUUAGUAGUACUGCUGCUUUUGACUAGUGCCAAUACUACUCAUUACUGUUAUUGCAAGUGCUACUAUAUUCUAUUCCUAGGGCUGAUCAGUACCAUCAGAAUCAUCACUACUGUUACUAAAAUGAUUGAAGUCAUUCAGAUCAUCUAAUACUACUUUGCUGUGUUGAGUCAGCAUAUAAGAGAAUUUGUUGCCACAUUGUGCACAUUACGUAGGCUAAUAUUAGCAUAGAAUUAACAUGGAUGCUUUGAUUGAUCAAAGCUGAGGUCCACAGAGAGAAGAAUACCAGAGAGUGGAGGCAGGAAAUAUGCUCCUCUUAAGACAGUAUGAUGAGACGCUGUAGUGAAGAGGCAAAAUACGAAAACAGAGCUCUCAGUAUGGAGAGAACAUUUGAGUAAAAUCAUCAAAAGAGUUAGGCAGAAACAGAAUGUUCUAGUAUGAAAGAAUGUAAAUGGUCAGGGAGACAAGAGACAGCAGGCCCAGGUCAGAGAAAAGAAGAGAAGACAAGGACUUAUUUUUAUGACUAUAAUGAUUUUAUUCAUCAUUUUUUAAAGUUUUACUUUUCCUUAUGUGUUUGUAUGCAUCUGCAAUAUCAUUGUCAAUUGUAAAUACUUUGUCAUGGAGAGCACACUGUAUAUAUAGCUGUUUCCUUUCCAGUCUUCUUUGUUAUGAUUGUUUGUUUCUGUGAGUGAUGUAAUUUGUGUUGUCUGACCUAAUGCAAUAUGAUGUCUGGAGAAUGCAAGACCAGAAAUGUAUGACCUGUCUAUAAAUGUAUGUUUUGAUUUGAAAUAGAUUUACACAAUUCUUUGAAGCCAGUCCUGUUGUUUGAUUUGUAGAUCCAUUUUUGCCCUCUUUGGCAUUCUUAGCUGAUUGCUUUUGUCAAAAUCAGGUUUUCCUUUAAGUCAGGUCCACUUCAAACUCUUGAAUAACUUCUCAUGAAUCCCCAUAAACUUUAAAACAAAAAAUAGCUUGACUUGGAAAACAUAGGCUUUCAGAAGAUCAGAGUUUCUUAGCUGUUGGACUGGGUAGAACCCCUGUACAAUAUGGAAGAAACUGGAGUCAUGCUCGGAUGGAGGACCUGAGAUCACUGAUGGCCAAGGCUCACCACAAAUAACAGGACUACAGACCAUUUCCUGGACUCAAACAUACCUGAUAAUGACCUAACAUUCUUAUAGAACAGUAUAAAAUGGUGGAUGAACUGUGAGAAGAGGUUGAGGUACUCACUGACAUAAUCGCACGGUAGUUCAUGAAAUAACUAUCUGACAGACAGACUGACUGACAUAUUGAUGACAUGACUAAACAUAUGGGUUUGCCACCAUGAACUUGGACAGUUUUACAAACAACAUGCUUAGCUAAUGCCUGACAUCUGUGAAUCUGGGGAAAAGCAAGACCUUCAUCUCAUUGGUGGAGAGGAAAGCUAAUGAAUAUGUGAUUGGUGAGCAGCCAUACUGACCAAACAUGGACCUCCUUCACUCCAUCUCUCUCUCUCUCUCCCUCUCGAGUGAGGGUGGGUGUGUUGACGCAUCUCCCUCACUUCAUCUCUUAUUCCUUUCAUUUUCUCCUCUUUUUCGUUCACAGCACACCUGUUGUCUAUCUUAUUUGUUCUAAUCACUUUGUCCUCCUUUGCAGCACUUCCAUUUCUUUGUGAUCUCGGACAUUCUCUCUCCCUCACUGCUAUGUGAGUUUCAUGCAUUGACUAAGGGAGACAUACACAGAGAGGCCUCCUCUUCCUUCAGGCAGGGCAAAGACAUCCACACAGAGGAUAGGAGUGCAGAUGUCAAGGGCAGACAGAAUGAAGGAGGAUGUGUGGGUGGCAGAGAAAAGGACAGAGCAAGAAUGAAAAGGAGAGAGAGGAAAAAGAAAAACGGCUUAGAAUGGACUUCAGGUACUGAUUUUUAAAGAGAUUGGAUGAAUGGAAAGAGAGAGAGAGAGAGAAGAAAUCAAGAGAGAUAAAGACUGAUAAAGGGAUGACAGAUGUUAAUAAGUUCAGAAAAGCAAUUACCUUGCAUUCCUCCUGGCUGUUCACACCACUGCACCUCUCAUCCGGCCAUUAUUUUACAAGCAAUGGUUUCAUCGUCAGUCAAUUUUAGCAGUAUUCCUUUCUUUUUUCACUAUAGGGUGAAGGAUGUUUUGAUUUGUUUUCAGUCUUUUGUUUUGUUCCUGAAAGGUGCAAAUGUUAUAUGGGUGAGGUCAAACAGCGUACUGGUGCUCUCAAGUGACCGUUUUUUGUGAGGUUGCUUUCAGAUGACCAAAGGACUAGUUAUACCUUUUUACCCGAUAUUUUAAUGUAUGUGUACUUGAACAGAGAGCGAGAGAGAGAGAGAAAGAGUGUGUGUGUGUGUGUGUGUGUGUGUGUGUGUGUGUGUGUGUGUGUGUGUGUGUGUGAACUGCAGCACAUCUCUUUCUGAGAGAAUAAGUUGUCUUUUCACUUUCAAGAAAGAGAUGGAGAAUAAAAUAUUUUCUGUGGUUUUCAA